AUGUCCUCUGUCAAAGACAAAGAUGCGAAACUGAAGAAGGACCAUCACUUCACAGAUGACCAUGGCCUGCCCUGCAUAGAGAAGCUGGUGCGCUCAACGGAUGAAGUGCCUGAGCCCAUAGGCACCACUGUCCGUGGUCACAUCCCAUCCUGGGUCAGUGGUUGCUUCCUGCGCAAUGGACCCGGCAAGUUUGAGUUUGGCAACAAGAGCUUUAACCACUGGUUCGAUGGGAUGGCACUCAUGCACCAGUUCAAGAUUGAGGGUGGUCAGGUGACCUACAGGAGUCGCUUCCUACGUAGCCGCUCGUAUCAGUCCAACAGCGAGAAUGACCGCAUCGUGGUGUCCGAGUUUGGGACCAUGUCUGUGCCAGACCCUUGCAAGAACUUCUUCCAGCGCUUUCUGUCUCGUUUUGAAAGCCUGCAAGCAUCAGAUAAUGCCAAUGUCAGCUUCACCAAAUACAAGGGAGACUUCUAUGUCAGCACAGAGACCAACUUCAUGCACAGGGUAAACCCUGAGACCCUGGAGACACAGGAGAAGGUGGACUGGAGCAAGUUCAUUGCGGUCAAUGGGGCAACAGCCCACCCACACAAUGACCCUGAUGGCACCACGUACAACAUGGGCAACUCCUACACCAAAAAAGGAGCGACUUACAACAUCAUCUGCGUACCCCCGGAGAAGACCAGUCCAGAGGAGACCCUAGAGGGAGCCAAAGUGAUCUGUACCAUCCCAGCGUUGGACAAGGCAAAACCCUCCUACUACCACAGUUUUGCAAUGUCAGAGAAUUACGUGGUGUUCAUCGAACAGCCAAUCAAAAUGGACCUGAAGAAAAUCAUACUGGGCAGACUGACCGGAAAGGAUAUCAGUAAAGCAGUGUUCUGGGACCCCAAGCAGGACACCAUGUUCCAUGUGAUCAACAAGCAAACGGGCAAGCUGAGCGAAGUUACGUACUACACUGAACCGCUGUCCACCUUCCACCAAAUCAAUGCGUUUGAGGAGGACGGCUUCCUGGUGAUGGACAUGUGUGUCGCUGACGAUGGCAAAGCCAUCAACAACUACAAUAUCCAGAACCUGCGCCAGUCAGGGGAGGCUCUGGACGAGGUGUACAACACCCUAUGCCCAGUCUUCCCUCGUCGAUUCGUCCUGCCUCUCAACAUAGACGCUGACACGCCACUGGACCAAAAUCUCAACACCCGCAGCAACAGCACCGCAACCGCCAUCCGCACAGCCAAGAAGAAGGUGAUCUGUGUCCAUGAAGAUCUCCAUGGCGAUGACCUGAAAGACUACGGUGGGCUGGAGUUUCCGCAGAUCUAUUACUCCAAGUACAACACCCGCCAAUACCGCUACUUUUACGGCUGUGGCUUCAACCACCUGGUGGGAGACUCCCUGAUCAAGAUGGACCUGAAGGACAAAACCAUGAAGGUGUGGAAGCAUCCAGGGCUCUACCCAUCAGAGCCAGUCUUUGUCCCAUCACCUGAUGGUGAAGAGGAAGAUGAUGGUGUCAUUAUGUCUGUAGUUAUCACUCCCACAGCGAUAAAAGGCACCUUCCUUCUAGUUCUGGAUGCCAGAACAUUUGAGGAGUUGGCCCGAGCUGAGGUGCCAAUCGACAUCCCGUAUGGCUUCCACGGCAUGUUCAACGCCACGGCGUAG